AUGUUUUCGGCGGAUGAAGCGCGCAAGCGCAAAUGGCCAUUCCUGGACGAUGAUGGGGAGAACUAUUUGAAUACACUACCUUCAGUGCCCGAGGAAGUGCAAGAUGAGGAAAUAUGCUUUGGAUCUAUAAUCGACGUCAAAACCCAGCUGUGCAAUACUCAGGCGAUACCUAACAUUUCCCCUUUUACGUGGGACCAGUCCUUUUCGCUGAUUCAGGAAGGCGACUUCUUUUCACUCGCAAAUAGGAAUGAGAAAUUCGCUCGUCUGAACAAGAAGAUCAGCAGCGGCCUGUGCAGCGUGGUUCAGAUCAACAAAGUGCGCCUCAGGGCCUAUACCUCCGCGAAAGAGUUCCAGAAAACAGUCGAGAUAUGGAAAUAUGAUGCAGGAGGCAAUUCUAACAAGCCCCUGACUGUCGAAAUUAAUGUAUAUGGGCCGCAAGAAGUUGCUGAAAAAGUAGGGAACAUUCUCGGCAAGGCCCAGAACUUUCUGCAACUUCCUCGCUAUGGACUUGAAGGAAAAAAAUAUCGAAACCCCCAGAUUCUUCCGAUCGGUUGCUUUGCCGAUGACAGCAAUUUUAAUUCGCAAGACAUCUUUGAUAGCGAGGAAGAGAAUCAAGUGCCCGAAGAAGAGUCUCCUGCCUCUCAGGAUGAUGAGCUGUUGGACGUUCAGGGUAUUCUGUUGCAGCACGUUUUGACGACCAACAUUUCCGUGGAUCGCCGGAUUCAAACGUCACUUUUGACCCACCAGAAGGAAGCAGUUGACUUUAUUGCCCGACGGGAAAACGGGGAAAUGCCCCCGAGCAAAGCCUGUGGCGAUAUAAUGACACAGACGAGGACGAGCCAUUGUAACUACCAGCAUAUCCUCAAUGGGGAGAAGCGCCCUCGCCCUGAGCACGCCCGAGGCGGUAUUGUAGCCGAUGAGAUGGGUCUAGGAAAGUCCUUGGUCAUAUUGUCGAUCGUGGCUGGGUCUCUUGGCAAGGCACGAGAAUUCGCGGCAGCAGAGGCCGAUGUGUUUCAGCAGCAAAAGAGAGCGAAUUCUCAAGCAACUCUAAUACUGGCCCCGUCGACUCUACUCAUUGACAACUGGGUUAAUGAAAUUCGCAAACACGCGUAUACGGGAAGUCUGACAUUCCAUAAGCACAUUGGAUUAGAACGACACUCUGAAAGAGAUUUACUCUGCAAGCGAGACAUUGUGUUCACGACAUAUGCUACCCUAGCGACAGAGUUCUGCAGGGGAGAGAGUAUCCUGUCGAAGGUGAAUUGGUUCAGGAUUGUUCUUGACGAAGCCCACUACAUCAGAAAUCGCGCCACAAAACAAUUUCAAGCUGUCACAAGUCUAUCAUCUCAGCAUCGAUGGUGUCUCACCGGCACUCCAAUCCAAAACGACAUUGAAGACCUGGGAGCCCUCAUUGCCUUCCUGAAAGUUCCAGUCCUAGACCGCGCUUCAACCUUUCGCAAACUGAUAUCACAUCCAAUCAACUCGGGCGCACGAAAUCGAUUUAAAAACCUCCAAACCCUCCUUCACGCAGUCUGUAUCAGACGAACAAGGGAACUGAUUGGAAUCCCUGACCCAGACCCGCAGGUCAAGAAGCUGUCGAUGUCACAGUCCGAGCGAGUCCAAUACCGGGACCUUCUGCAGGAUUGUAAGAUGAAGAUCGACAUGGCAGUGAGCGGAAAGCGCAAGGGGAAGCUCAACUCAACUGUGCUCGAGUCGCUGCUUGCUUUGCGGCUUUUCUGUAAUAAUGGGAAGAUGGCGAGUAAGAUGCCGGUUGAUCUCGAUGAAGUUUUCUCUCUGCUUCAGCAGUCUGGUGAGGACUUUUGCGUUUAUUGUGACCGAAAGGUUCAUGGGAUCAGUAGUCGGAAUGACGAAGCUGGUAUUGAUGAAGCCACCAUGCUGCCGGAUUGCGGGCAUUUAGUUUGCCAGGGAUGUCUGGCGGAGCACUUACAAAAGGGAAGAUGUCACGGCUGCAAGGAAUACAACACUGGACCAAGGUCCUAUGACGCAGUUCGACAUGCGGCAAAUCAUCAGGCGACUGGCGAACAUGGUCAUCAUGUUCCACGCGAGAGUUAUCCAACGAAGCUACUGGCUCUUCUUAAUGACAUCAUUCAGAGCCGUCCUCAGAAUUGUAUCGUCUUCUCAAGCUGGAGAAAAACGCUCUCUAUCGUCGCUGGGCUACUUACCAGUAACGGAAUCUCGUUUGCGAUGAUAGACGGCUCACUGCCCCUAUCGAAAAGAAAGGCAGCGCUGAAAACAUACGAAAGCCCAAAUGACACAAACGUCCUUCUCAUGACUCUCGGCACAGGUGCCGUUGGUCUGAACCUGGUUUCCGCAUCUUGCAUCUAUCUCCUCGAGCCACAAUGGAACCCAUCUAUUGAAGCUCAAGCAAUCGGCCGAGCGCUUCGGCUUGGCCAAGCCUCCCAGGUCAAGAUUGUGCGUUAUCUGAUGCAAGGCACUGUUGAAGAGAGUAAUGUCCUGUCUCGACAACGCACGAAGCUUCAGCUGGCCGGCGGUGGAUUUCAGAAACGGAAUCAUGCUGGCUCAGAGAGUCUUCAGUCUUUGCUGGACCUUUUCGGCACAGAGCCUGUCGGUGAAGAUAUCGUACCUUCUGAGCAUGAGAUGGAUAUUGAUGAGACAUGA